GAGGCGGGGCUUGUGGGGAAUUGUCAGCUGCGAUUGGGCUAGAGCAGCGAAGGCCAGAAGAGAGCUGGAAACAGCUUCAAACUUCCCACACACUCGAAGAGAGGAGUACUUGUGGGGUUGAAAAGGUUUCGAACGACUUGAGUUGCUGAGCAGAGCCAUCAGGGGGCGAUGGCUGACAACAGCAGUACCAAUGGCAACAGUUGGACCAUUCUUGCUCCAGAGGUAAAGGAGUCUGGAGUAGUGAGCAUGGGUCCGCUGUCUGAAGGUCAGGGAGAACUGCAUGCAGAACCAGAUCUCACACAAUCAUCAGCGCUCUCGGACACUUCCACAGAGCAAACUCACCCUCCUGAUCCGCCACAGGUGACACCACUAGAGAGCAGUGAAGAUGCAGCUGUUUUACACAGUACCACUGUGAAAGAGGACAUGGCGUCCAGCAUCCCUGCUCAUGUUGAAAACCUGACCUCUUUGACCCCUGACCCUGGAGAGCAAGGAGCCUUUGGUGAUGAUUCUGAAAGCCAACCCCUUAUUGAUACAGAAUCAUUCUCUGACUCUUACACACACAUCAGCCCAUCACCUGUGUCCGCAUCACUGCUUGGAACCUCAGAAGAAGAAGAGGGGCUUUUACAAGGGGAAGAGAAGGGUGAGCUGAGGAAGACUCUGAGAGAAGAGUGUAAGCCAGAAGAGAAGGUGAAUGAGGGUGAUGGACUAAGGAGGAGGAAUGUCUCUGUACCGACCCCUUUGUACCAUCGAGAUGAUGAGGAGGAGGAGGAAGAGGGUGAGGAAGAGCAGUUCAGACAGCCACAGAGAGAAGGAGAAGGAGACAUUGGGUUCACCUUGAACAAGUGCAUUUUUGGAGCACUCAUUCUUCUAGGCCUGGGCACCAUAUUCUUCUCUGGUGUUCUCAUGGAUCUGGAUGAUGAGGGGGAUGCUGAUGCCAAGGAUCUGAAAUAUCCAGAAGUAAAAAAGGAGUGGUUGAGUCCUGAUGCUCAAGGAGAUGCGCCUGAAGGUGUCCAGCCACCAAAAAUACUGGACAAACUGGCCAAGGAGGACCAGCAAAUUGUAAGCUUACAGGCAAAGCUUCAGGAACAGGAAGUGGAAUUAAAGGCUGCACAACUGCAAGUGGAGGAAGGCACCAAGGAGAGACUGAGGAGGGAGGAGCUGGAAGCAGAAAACCAGAGGAUGAGAGGAGAGUUGGAUAAACUGCCUGCCCUUCAGAAAGAGUAUGAGCAAGAGAAUGAAAGGGUAAAGAGAGAGAGCGAGAGAGUAAAUAAGGAGCUUGAAGCACUUCCAGCUAUGCAGAAAGAGCUGGAGCAUCUAAGAGAGAAAGUUAUGGAGCUCACUCAGAGUACAGUGAGUGUGCAAGCUGCGAUGCCCUCUGCUGGACAUGAAGAGGUGCCUAGUAGUCAGGAGAGGAAAGAGAGAAAGGAUAAAAAGGCUUGGGAUAAACAGAGGAAAGAGAAAGACCUUCAAACAGAAAAGAAAGAAUGGAAGAAGGACAAAAAUAUAAAGUUAGGUGAGCAAGAUGACAAGGGAAAAAGCACAAAGGAUCGUAAAGAGUUGGAGAAAGAAGAAAAGCAAGGGAGGCGAAAGGGGGAAGGGAAAAACAGGCAAAAAGACCAUAAGCAAGAAGAUGCCCAAAGAUGGAAGCUUGAUGAUGAAAAAAGAGAGCUUAAGGAAAGGAGUGGGAAAAGAGAGGGGAAGGAAGAUAAAAAGUGGGAAAAGGACAAACAUGGAGAAUUUGUUGACAGAAGGCAGGAGAAAAGAGAGAAAGGAAAAGAUGAUAAGGAACGGAAGCAAAAGAGUGAGCAAAAAGACUGGAAGGAAGAGAAAGAAUGGAAAAAGGGUAAGCAAGCUAGUCGGAAUGAAAAAGAAUGGAAAGAGAAAAGUGAAAAAAAGAAGGAUUGGAAGGAGAGAAAGGAAUGGGGUGAUGAAAAAGAGAGAGGAGCAUCAGGUGAUGAAAAGUACAGUGAUAAAAGCCCAAAGGAGAAAAUUAGGAAAGGCAAGAAAGAUUAUCACAACGGAAACAGUGAAAGAAAAGAAAGGGAGGAGAAGCAUCGGGGUGUGAGAGAGAAAGACAAGCCCAAAAGUGGAGAGAGAACAGAAGGAUGGAAAGAGGAAAAAAAAUACAAAGACAAGAAGCAUAAAAGAGAGGAAAAGAUGAGCAGAAAAGACAAACAUGAGGCAUUGCACCAUUCAUACAGUGACCAAAAGCACAGCAAAGACCACAUGCAUGUCAAAUACUGGGCUGAACAGAGGGAGAAGAUCCGUCACUAUUAUGGGUCAACAGAAGGGUGCGCUGAUGUGACAGCUUGUGCACACGCAGAGGGGCUUGCUCCUGUUUCUCAACGAGAUUUUGAGGCGUUCAUCUCGAGCUAUUUGAUGAAACUUGUCGGAAACGAGGACCAGACUUCCAGAAAAGAGGAACUGAGCAAGCUGAUUGGUGAGUUCUUCGCUGACGGAGUCUUCGUCCAUGACCAGAUACCAUUCAGCGAGUUUGUGGAGGAUGUGGCGGACAUUUUGGAAGACAUGGCAGAUGGAGAUGAAUAUGAAGAGCUAGAGAAUGAGAUGGAGGGAUUUGCAACAGAGGCAAUGGAGAAAUUUGGGCUUCGGGAGAAAGAUGGGAAUGAAGAGAAAAGAGCGGGAAGUGGAAGGAAAAGGAUGAAGGGGUAGAGGGGUAGCGUUAUAGAGAGGAUUUUGAUUAAAGUGUGUCGUGUGUAGUUCUUGCUCUGAAGCGUAAAGUGAUCAUUUGUAAUAUGAUGGUUCCACAUUUACAUGCACCUGUUUGGUUCCAAACAAGAAAUCUAAGCACUGCUACUGUACAACUGUUUCCUAGCUGUAAAUGUGAGCAGAGUAUGUGUGGGUACAUUAUGGGUUCUGUGACGUGACACCAGCUACACGGUUCAUUACUGAUGACAUUAGUUUUACAAGCAAAGUGGGCAACUGUGCUUGCUGCCCAAAAUAUCUGAAUAACAAGUGUGUGUGUGUGUAUUCGUGUGUGUAAAAUGAGGCACUUCCUGUUAUUGACUGAGUGGUCCAAUAGUUUGAGGGUUUUGUUUGUUUGUUUGUUUGUUUUUUUAAGGUUUUAGAGUUUUAUUGCCCAUAAACAGCCAUCUGCCAACCACAUAAAAUAGAACAAAUACAUACAUUAGGUUUUUCAUUGGAAACAAAAGGUUGCUAUUGCUUCAUGGAAUGUACACUAUAUGGCUAAAGGUUUGUGGAUACUUCAUUAUAACACCCAUAUGUGCUUGUUGAAAAUCCCUUUCCAGAUUUAGUCCUCCUUUGGUGUCUUAAUAACCUCCAUUCUUCGGGAAAGGUUUUCCACUAGAUUUUGGAAUGUGCCUGUGUGCUCAUUCAGCCACAAGAGCAUUAGAAAGGUUGGCCAGUGAUGUCAGACAAGGAGGCCUGGUGUGCAGUCGACAUUCAGAUUCAUCCCAAAGGUGUUCAGUGGGAUUAAAUUCAGGGCUCUGUGCAGACCACUCAAGUUCUUUCACACCAACUUUGGCAAACUACAUCCUCAUGGUCCUCGCUUUGUGCACAGGCGCAUUGUCAUGCUGGAACAGGUUUGGGCCGCUUAGCUGAAAUAGUAACGCUACAGCAUACAAAGACCUUGUAUACAAUUGUGUGCUUAGAACUUUUUGGCAAUAAUUUGGGGAAGACCAGCAUAUGGGUGUGAUGGUCAGGUGUCCUCCAUAUUCAUCCAUUGACAGGGUUAGUGUGUAAGAGUAUUUGUAUGCAACAUUUUAAGAAGUCAUGUAGAUUUUUGCCGUAGCAGCACUAAGAUUUCUUCACAAUGUACUAUAAUUCCUGUCAUGGACAACAUUUCCAAGUUUGGUAUAUGUGUUUUGCUUAUUUAUUAAUGUUGUUUCUCUGGGAAUGUUUACCUUUGUGUUGUUUAAAGUUUGAGACUUGUUGAGAAAGUAAGAAAUUAGUAUUCUUACGCCCAACCAGUUCAUAGUUAAUAGGGUAGACUUGCACUGUCAGCAGGGCUUUUGACUCAAUAUUUUGUCUUGCACUUUAUGUUCUGGCUUGUUUACAGCUGAAAAAAUACUGUCACUUGGUACACCAUAUUUAAAAAUUUGUCCACACGUAUGACAUAAAACGUCCAUCUUGCAGUGAUUAUUUGCAUUAUCGAGCAAUACAAAUCUGUAAGAAGGUUUUAAUUUGAUAAAUCUAAUACAAUGAUAAUUACUAAUAAGAGGUGUACAAAUCUAUGUAAAACUGGCACAGAUAUGAACGAGAAAUUGCAUUUUAGUGCGUAUAGUUAACCUGUUCACGGUACUAUUUAGGUACUUGCAUUAUGCAACAAGUUAAUAAGUACAAUGAGUACUAUGGAUAAUGCUAAAAUGUCUAUGCUUGGGAAUAGAAUCAGGAAGUAGAAUAAGCCAUGUUUAUUGCUAUCUUUUUAGGAAAUCAGUCAAAAUGGCUUUCUUAAAAUAGUAAUGUGCUGUUUUCAGUUCUGCUUACUCUGUGGUCUUGUUGAAUGCUAACUCACGAAAAGUUACACCUUGCACAUUUCAUUUUUCACAUUUCACUAAUAAAGCCAAAUUUACCCAAA